ACCGAAUAACAACUCGCGCCCGCCACGCCCACGUCGCCGGUCUCGAUUCUCGACUUUGGUCUCUCGACAACAGAGUGUGACGUCGUAGGAUAUGCAAAGAGCCCGAGACUCGUCCACGACGGUUCCUUGCGCUUGUGCGAGUACAAGUUCCGUUGCUGAUUUGUAAAGACAAGAUUGGGCUUUUGUGAUCAGUCGAGCCCAGCACUGCAGUGCUUCUGGAGCCUCCAUCGGAGGUUUGAUUCUUGAAAUCAGAGCUGGUGAUGGGGAGCCUGAGGCUGCUGGCAUGGCCACGCACAUGCGUUGUGGUUAGUACAGAAGUUCUUUGCAGGGCUAAGUGUGGAUCGUCCGCAAGUCGACCUGCUCUGAUCAGGUGUAUGAGUGCAGAAUCUUCUUCCAAGAAAUCCCUCGUUUUUCUUGGAACACCUAGUGUUGCUGCAGAUGUGCUCGAUGUUCUUCUCGAGGCUAGUCAAGCCGAAAGUUCUUUGUUUGAGGUGGCAGCUGUGGUUACUCAACCUCCAUCAACAAGGGGCAGAGGCCGUAAAUUGCUCCCAUCUGCCGUAGAACAGCACGCUCUUCAUAAAGGCUUUCCGGCUGAUCGCAUAUUCUCCCCUCAAAAAGCAGGCGAGGAAACUUUUUUGGCAGAAUUGAAGAAACUAAAACCGGACCUUUGUGUGACCGCAGCCUAUGGCAAUAUUUUGCCCACCAAGUUCCUGAACAUUGCACCUUGUGGUACAGUAAAUGUACAUCCAAGCUUAUUGCCGUUGUACAGAGGUGCUGCCCCUGUCCAGCGAGCUGUGCAGGAUGGGGUGAAGGUUUCAGGUGUCACUGUAGCAUACACGGUUAGGGCACUGGAUGCUGGACCUAUCAUUGCUGCGGAAAGUCACGACGUGGACUCUAAUAUCAAAGCACCAGAACUGCUAAGGACUCUGUUCCAAAAAGGAUCUGAACUGCUGCUCAGAGAGAUGCCCUUCAUUCUGAAUGGAACUGCCAGAGAGAAAGCGGUAGACCAAGACCAUGAGAAGGCUACUCUGGCCCCCAAGGUGGCAAUUGAAGAAUCGUGGCUGUCCUUUGAUCAACCUGCUGAGGUGCUUCAUAAUAAGGUACGAGCAUUCGCAGAAUGGCCUGGGACUAGGGCGAAGUUUCUCCUUUCCAGCUCAAAUGGGGUUGUCCAGACUAUUGAACUUAAAAUUGUGACAACGCGUGUAAAACAUUUGUCACAUGAUACCUUGCCUUCUGGAGGCGAAGUAUCUCUCCUGGGAGAUGCUCUGGUCGUUCCAUGUGGCGGUGAAGGAUCAGAUGGUACUUGUCUGGAGAUAUUACAAUUGCAGCCACCUGCCAAGAAGGUAAUGAGUGCACGCGACUUCUGUAAUGGCUUGAGAGGCCAGAAGCUGCUGAAGGAUAUCAAUGGAACACGACUGCCUUCUGCUCAUAUGGCUGCCUAGUUCGUUGGUACACCUGAGAACAAUGUCAUAUUUUACAUCUGCAAGCGAAAACCUGUUGAUGUUUUAUGCGGGCAACUAUGGCGAACCAUUUAGUUUACUACUUAGGUGGAAAUGAUCCAGACCAUUGAACUGAAAACAGUGACAACGCGGGCAAAUUAUGGUUUACAUUAGUCUUUGCCUUCUAGUGCGAAGUAUCGCUCGUGGGAGAUGCCUGUCGUUCCAUGUAGCCCUGAAGGGUCGGAAGUACUUGUGUAGAGAUAUGCGUACUUGUGUGUACGAAGAAGAUGAUGUGCGCAAGCUAGUUCUCUGAUGGUUUUAGAGGCCAGAAGCUGUUGUAAGGUUUGAAUAGAACAUGACUGCCAACUGCACACAUGACUGACUAGUAAUUGUGUAAGUUGAGAUUAAGGUCAUGUUUAAUAUCUGCAAGCGAAAACUUUGCAACGUACUUUGUGGGCAACAGGAGACGCUUUCUCUGC